AUGAUCUUUUAUUUCUUUCCUAGUCUGCUUGAUCUUAACAAAUUUUAUUCUUUCAUAGCUGAUGAAAACGUAAUAUUGCCUACACCAGGAGCUGCAGCCGAGGAUAGUCAUAGAGAUACACCUGAUGCAAGUACCACUUUUGAUAAUGAUAACCAUGCUAAUAUCAGCUUGGAUAAUUAUACGUAUGCUGAUGAGAACAAAUAUAAAAUUGACAACGUCAAUGUUGGUGAAUUAUUCAAGAAAUAUCAAUUGAAAGCAGCCAAGCAGAUCGAAGAAAAAGGUUGUUUCCUUGAGUCUGAUAUUCAAGAAUUAUUGGCUAUAAAUAACAUUUUACUUAUCAAACCUGGUCAAGCAAGUCUAUUAGUUUCAAGUAUAUUCAAUGAAGCAUGUAUUCUAUCGAUUCGGCAUGAGAUCAAGCAAAUCUUUGGUACAAUAGAUUCAGCAGAUAUUCACACUGAUGUCAAAACAAUCACAAUGACAAAAGCUGCCAAAAAACUGAACGACGUACUUUCAGAUGAUGAUUGCAAGAAUUAUGAUGACAUGAUUGUAAUAGGCAUCCGUAAUCUUCUUGAAAUCCUCCCCAAGUACAAGUUUAACGGUCUUAUUAACGAAAAUCAAGCUGGAUGUUCCUAUGCUAAUCCCGUUCUUUCACCUAUAUUUAAUAAUCCUGACAAAAGAAGUCACUUGCAUUGUAAGGUGAAUUACUUUAAUAGAUGCUUCCCAUUUGAAGUCAUGGCAGAAGUGUUAGAAUCAAAUAGCAAACAACCUGACUUUGGUGGAAAUGUUCUUGAACAUUCGAAUUGGGUUGGACCAGUGUUGGUAGGAGAAGUCAAAGGCGAGGAUAGAAAGGAUGAUGUUUACAUGUGCUUGAUGGACCUUUUCCGAAUUGGCUCCUUAUCUAUGGAAUCUAUCAACCAUAAUAAGUAUAAAGGUUUUAUAGGAAUACAAGUAAUUGGUAUGCAGGUUACCUUCUCUAUUUCUACUUUAUUAUCCAAAAGUUUCUAUGUAAUGAUGGAGAUUUGUUCAAUUACUUUACCAAAGGACCUCACAGAAAUUAUGUCAUACUUUGCAAACGUCAGUGAUAUGAUGCCGGUUUUACAAUACUAUGAAAAUAGCUUUGAACUGAUCAAUAACUUGAUAUCAGAGAGUCAUAUGGAUACUAUCAUUGAUGCAAAAAAAAUCGGUAAAUUGAUAAAGAGCACGAGGGACCUUAAGGCGUUUGUAGAUGGCCUGCUGGAGACUGUUAAAUCAUUGUUGUCAGUGUUACUAUUAGAUGACUAG